AUGCGCCAACGAAUCACAUUCGUCCACAAGCCGGGCACGGCAGUCGAUCCAGCCUCACUGCAGGUCAGUGACAGCUUCAUCAAGGGUCCUGUCUUUGAAGCCGCCCGCGAAGAGCGCAUCACGCUGGCCCUGGAUGAGCUCCCCUCAGAGCUACGUGACGUCGUGAGCAGCUGCCACGAGCUACAUGUUCGAUGGGUCAGCCCAAAUGCAUACGAGACUGUAGCACCCCUACUCUCAAGACUUUCGCCUGGCCUCCAUGUCUUUUACACGCCGCAGAAGGACAGCCUUAAGCAGGGCGAACGUGUUUGUGCCGUUCUGAAGUAUCUAUUUGGUCGAAGUAUCGAUUGCUCAAGUCCUGAGGCCUCUUUCACAACGUUGCCGAAUGAGAGGUUCUCUCACUCUACGGCUUUCCAGUAUCAUUCACCACUAGACAAUCUUGAACGGUUCAUCCAAGCCGUGGUCAGGUUAUGUCCCAAUUCAGACCCAUCUUGCGAGACUCGCGUAAAAGCACUUGAGGAAGCCACUUCUCUGGAUGUGUCAUAUGACACAAUCUCCCAUGCCUUGAAGCUCACCGCAACCUGGCCGCUCCAGGAGCGACCGCUUCUUGUCUCAUCGACCUCCAAACACAGGACCGAAGUAGGCAUCCUGUCAGCGGACAACCCGCCAAACCUCGAGCCCUAUGAGCUCGGUAUUUCUGGGUUGCUGACUGUGCUGGGCCAAGACAGCAAGCCAUCAGCUACCCUGUUCUCCUUCCCUUCGCGCCAUAGGCAGUCUGGCUCUACCUUCUCAUCUGACUUCUUGGAGCCAGCCGGACUUCAUCCCACGUUACAGCUGAGAGUAAGCUCUCCAAAGCCACCCUCGGAUGAUUCCUUCUGCGCUCUCCAUGCCUACUUCACGCUGCCUCGCACUAUCUUCGCAGACAGGUACCAGCUGUCCGAUCCCCUCUUCAUGGCGUCGAAAAACCUGACAGCCCUGCGCUACAUGAGCCAGCCUGUCGACCUCGAAGCCCCGGAAUACCUGACGAAGCUCUGGGGCUCAGCAGUGCUUCUGGAGCUCUCCCCGCCAUCCACAGAGACACAGGGCUCCUGGACGGCUGAAGUCCCGCUGCACCUUCGCUAUCUCAAGCCAGCGCCUGGCGGCUAUGAAGACACUGAGGUUUCCUACCCGGCAGUCUUCUGGGCGUGCGCGACAGAAGAGGGGACAAAGUUCCCAAACAACCCGUUUGAGAGGGUUAAUCUGGGCUACGACGGCCUGUUUGGCCCCAGGACCGUGUUUUGGCAUGUCGAUCCCAAGCCUGCGCGGGGCGAGAGGCUGAUGAGUGAGAUCACGGUUCCCGUGCUGGAUUAUGACGGAGACAAGGGCUGGGGAGGUGUGAUCAAUGCAGGAACUGCAGCUGUGGUGCUACUUGGGUUUGCCUGGGUGGUGUGGAGGCUACUGAGUGUGUUGCUCCGGACAGGCUACGGUAGUGCCCCUGCGAAGAAGGCAGAGGACAAGAAGAAACAAUAG